AUGGCACCCAAUCAGAUGGCCGUUCUCGGCUUGGUGAUACGACUAUUCAAGGCCCGCCGUCGCCGCGAUGUGGGCCGUGAAGCUGCCGUUGUCGCUGCCCGCUACCGCCUACCCAUGGGUUUCCCUAUUCCGGGUCAUGCUUCAUGA